UUUUAAUUGAAAUAUCAUUUUUUUCAAGCAAGAAAAAACGACAAGUGGCUAGUGUUGUUGAGGUGAGCAGGAGGAGCAUGUACACGUGGAAGGAAAAGGCAGGGAGAGGCAGGCGCAGGCACUUCACUUGGUGAGCAGAGGAGCAUGACGACUGGAGCUCGAGCCGAGCUCCACAAGUCUCACUUCACUCCUCCUCCUCCUCCCCUUUCCUCCUCGCCGUCUCCUCCCCGGCGCCACCCUAGCAUGGAAACCAAUAUCCAGCUGACCCCACCACCUCCCGCCUCCGCCAUCGCCGUUGCAAGAGAGGCCAAGCGCGCGCGCAGGAGGAGCAGGUACCUCUCCGCUCCCUACACCGACACCGACACAGAUGACGACGACGGCGUCCAGGAGGAGGAGGAGCCGCCGCCCAAUGUCUGCGCCGCGGAUGUGCUGUCGGCUCUCCACGCCGCCGCGCUCCCGGACCUGGACUCCACCGGCCCCAGCGCUGCCCAGGUCGAUGCGCCGGCCCUCCGUUUCCUCGCCCUGUACAGGAGGAGGGUCUCCACCUCCUUCGCCAAUCCUCCUUCCGAUUCCGCCGGCUCGCGCAACCUCAGUGCAGGCCCUGCCAUACCCAUGGCUCAUGGAUCCCCAGCCCCAGGGUCAGCGCUAGCCAAGAAGAGGAAGAAUCCCCAAGCUGCUGCUGCUACCAAGCAACAAGAUGACGCAAUGGAGAAUGCUGCAGCACUUGAAGAAGCUGCACACAAGAUGAAGAUGGCAUCGCAAGCAGAUUUCUUUAUCAAUGCGGCAAAUGGUGAGAGGAGGAAGAAGAAGAAGAUGAAGGAGGAGGAGCAAGCGCAGCAUUUCAGGAAUCCGGUGGCACUUGUCCUGGACUUUGCAGAGGGCACUCCUCUGCCUUCCAAAGACGAGCUUCUCUCCACAUUCCGCAGGUUUGGCUUGGUCAUCCACUCCGACUCCGAGCCUGCCAUCGCCAGAGGCGAGCGCAGCGCCAGCGCGCGUGUCGUGUUUGCCACCAGGGCUGAAGCAGAGGCUGCCUACAGGUGCGCCAAGACUCUUUUUCUAGGCGCAGCACGCCUCCAGGAUCUCCCUCCGAUCACGCUCAAUGUCCCAAAGCUCCCGCUCACGGACAUUAGGAAGAACCUUGAGAUGAUGAUCUCGUCCGCAUCGUUUAAGGCGGCCAACUCACCUGAAGAAGCAAAGCCGGCCAUGGGUAAUCUUGUGGCAGAAAUGCAAGGUCUUCUGGCCAAGGUUGACAAGAUGCUCAAGGGUGCUUCUUCCACUGCUCAUCACCAUUAAGCUCUGUAGUCUUGUAUGGAUGGUUAUCAUCUCUGUUUGACCCUUUGCUAGUUGAUGAUGGCUUCUGGUACUCAUCAGCUUGCUGCAGCUGUUGAUUUUCAGUCUUUUGUAGCGUGGAUCCUCCAGCCCAUGCCAGCAGCUGCAAUCCUUCCUAGUUUCCUAGUUUCUCAUCUAGAUCUAGUCAGUCAUGUAAUUGCAGACCUCUAUUUGUAAUGGUAGUACAAAAUUAGGCUAUGCAGUAUCCUUCCUUAUGCCUUACCUUGUUCUCAAGUAAUGUGCUUCUGUAGCUGAUUAGGCCUGCAACUGCAAACCUAGGAUGGAUGUUCCAUCUUCGAUCUGGGACAACAAUAGCAAUUGCAAUCCUAUUACUAGUUGUAACAUCUUGCAGCCAGAAGAAAAA